AACAAGCUGAACCGUGCCGUGCCGCGGCUGCAGUUCAACACAGAGCUCGACCCGGUGUCUGCGCAGAGCAUAGCAUUUUUUUAUCUGAUGCUGGAACAAUAUCUGAAAAUGACAUUCAUUGUUGGAUAAACCACCUAGACGGAUACAACGCACACAACCCAGGUGGGAAUCCUCCUGUGCAGUCCGUUAGGAGUGCAGACGGACCUGUCAUGGGUGUCCUGGUGUUUCUGUGCAGGUAAACGUUAGCAGGCAGCCGGGCUAGCCGCUCUGCUAGUCACGCAGCAGGGAGCUAGCUUAGCAUCAGCCCCUGCUGACUAACUGACUAACUAACAAGUUGUGUUUGACAAAACUGUUGCCGGAGAAGACAGCCCAUGGAUAUUUGUUACCCCGCUAAUUAUAAACUGUCCUUGGGAACGACCAUAAACUGUCCUUUUUUAUUGUCGUCAAGGAGAAACUAGCGGCUGGUACUGCACGGUUGAUUGACAGCUUGUCACAACAGAUUCUCCAGAUGUGCACUCGGCACAAAAGUGCAGCUAAGUUCACUAACCUCAGCCGCAGGACUGGCUACUGAGCAGGAAUGGCAGGAUGGCUGGAACAAACUCUUCUUGAGUGGACUCUUUCCUCAACAAACUGCAUCAACAAGAGAUGAAUUUCAUCUUGGCAGCGAGGUGUCACUGAAGUCGACCGCGCUGACACGUUGCUAGCCUGCUAACUGGCUGACGUUGUUGAGCGGACACACAACACGGGCUGUCAACCGGGUUAAAGCCACCCCCAACACACACAAGGAGUAUUAUUGCGUUUCAGUAAGGGAUGAAGAGGACAGAAAAUAAAAACAAGAGAAAACUCUGUAACAUGGAGCACCAGGAGAGCCGUGGAGCAGAGAAAGAUGUGAAGGAGUUUGCAGCUCCUCCUCCUCUCCUGUUCAGGAAGAUGAGUAACCCCGACCUGUCCCCCGCAGCCACCGCUGCUACCAAAUCCAAACUGCACCGCCAGCUCAGCCAGGACGAGAGCUGGGCCCGACGCAGCAGCCUGGCCAUGACCGGUAAGCAGCUGCUGCCUCUGUCCAGCAGUCUGCACACCGGCGUCAGUCAGCUGGCCUGGCAGGGGCCCUCAGGAGGAUUUGUAGGUCACGGGGCCAUCGGGGGAGCGUCUGCAGGAGAUGGGAACAACCUGGUCCGUAUGAGGAGCCAAACCUUGGGACAGUCUGCUCCGUCCCUCACCGGACAGAAGGAGCUGAGCCUUCCCAGAAGAGGCAGUUUAAUCUGGUCGCCAGCUCAGCUGCGUUGCCACGGCAACAGCAGCCUCCUCCAGCACCUGCUGUCCCCCACUUCCUUUCAUCCCUCCGUCGUUCAGCCCCCCGUCAUCACCCUCUCCCCCCUGUCCUCCUCCUCUCCCUCCCUCUGUUCCUCCGACGGCCCUCAGUCAGCCCCUGUUCACCAGCGAGGAAACCCCUUCCUCUGGAGCUGUCGGACGAGCAACAGGAAGAGCCUUAUUGUGACAUCCAGCACCUCCCCAACGCUGCCGCGACCACACUCCCCUCUGCAUGGACACACAGGUACAAGCCCGCUGGACAGUCCUCGCAACUUCUCCCCGAACACAGCCGCACACUUCUCCUUUGUUCCGGCACGGAGUCACGGACACAGGGCUGACAGGACGGAUGGCAGGCGCUGGUCUCUGGCCUCGUUGCCUUCCUCUGGCUAUGGCACCAACACACCCAGCUCCUACCUCUCAUCCUCCUGUUCAUCUCAGGAGAAGCUGCACCAGCUGCCCUUCCAGCCCACUCCGGACGAGCUCCACUUCCUCACCAAACACUUCAGCUCCGAGAGCAUCACGGACGAGGAGGGGCGCCGCUCCCCCAACAUGAGACCGCGCUCCCGCAGCCUCAGCCCCGGGCGUUCACCUAUCUCCUUCGACCAUGAGAUUGUGAUGAUGAACCAUGUGUACAAGGAGAGGUUUCCCAAGGCGACGGCUCAAAUGGAGGAGCGUCUUGCUGAGCUGCUUUUCUCCUCAACCCCCGAUAAGGUCUGCCCGCUGGCUGACGGGGUCCUGAGCUUCAUCCACCAUCAGCUGAUAGAGCUGUCUAGAGACUGCCUGGAGAAAAGCAGAGAGGGCCUCAUCACCUCCCGGUACUUCUACGAGCUCCAGGAGAACCUGGAGAAGCUGCUGCAAGACGCUCACGAGCGCUCCGAGAGUGUGGAGGUUACCUUCGUCACGCAACUGGUCAGGAAGCUGAUGAUCAUCAUCGCCCGGCCUGCACGUCUGCUGGAGUGCCUGGAGUUUGAUCCUGAGGAGUUCUACCACUUGUUGGAAGCAGCAGAGGGCCAUGCUAAAGAGGGCCAGGGCAUCAAGUCGGACAUCCCCCGAUACAUCAUCAGCCAGCUGGGCCUCACCAGGGACCCCUUGGAGGAAAUGGCCCAGCUGAGCAGCUAUGACAGCGGGAACCCAGAAACCCCAGAGACUGAUGAAUCAGUGGAUGGUCAAAGCACCACAGUCCCGGCAGCUCCUCCGCAGGCUAAGACCAAACCCCCUCGAGAGGAAGACUUUGAAAACAUCAAGCUCAUCAGUAACGGAGCCUACGGCACUGUGUUUCUGGUGCGUCACAAGGAGACCCGGCAGCGUUUCGCCAUGAAGAAGAUCAACAAGCAGAACCUGAUCCUGAGGAACCAGAUCCAACAGGCCUUCGUAGAGCGAGACAUCCUGACGUUUGCUGAGAACCCCUUUGUGGUCUCCAUGUUCUGCUCCUUCGAGACCAGGAGACACCUCUGCAUGGUGAUGGAGUACGUGGAGGGUGGAGACUGCGCCACGCUGCUGAAGAGUAUCGGAGCCCUGCCGGUGGACAUGGCUCGGAUGUACUUUGCAGAGACCGUCCUCGCAUUAGAGUAUCUUCAUAAUUAUGGCAUCGUACACAGAGACCUCAAACCUGACAAUCUUCUCAUCACCUCCAUGGGACACAUUAAGCUGACAGACUUCGGUCUCUCAAAGAUCGGUUUGAUGAGUUUGACGACAAACCUCUAUGAAGGACACAUAGAGAAAGACACCAGAGAGUUCCUCGAUAAACAGGUGUGUGGCACUCCAGAGUACAUCGCCCCGGAGGUGAUUCUGCGUCAGGGCUACGGCAAGCCGGUGGAUUGGUGGGCCAUGGGAGUCAUCCUGUAUGAGUUCCUGGUGGGCUGCGCUCCGUUCUUUGGAGACACACCGGAGGAGCUGUUUGGUCAGGUCAUCAGUGAUGAGAUCAUCUGGCCGGAGGAAGACGAAGCUCUGCCUAUUGAGGCUCAGGACCUCAUCUGCAAACUGCUGAGACAAAACCCUUUGGAUAGACUGGGCACAGCAAGUGCCUUUGAGGUGAAGCAGCACCAGUUCUUCACAGAGCUGGACUGGAACAGCCUGCUGAGGCAAAAGGCAGAGUUCAUCCCCCAGCUGGAGUCUGAGGACGACACCAGCUACUUUGACACUCGUUCUGACAGGUACCACCAUAUCGAUUCAGAGGAAGAGGACGACACCAAUGAUGAGGAACACGUGGAGAUUCGACAGUUCUCAUCCUGCUCGCCUCGUUUCAGCAAGGUGUACAGCAGCAUGGAGCGUCUAUCCCUGCACGAGGAGAAGAGGACUCCACCGCCCACCAAACGCAGCCUCAGUGAGGAGGGAGGAGAUCGCAUCGACAGCCUCAGCGGACUCAAGUCCAGAGAUCGAUCCUGGCUUGUGGGAUCUCCAGAGAUCCUGCGGAAGCGCCUAUCUGUCUCUGAGUCGUCCCACACAGAAAGUGACUCCAGCCCACCGCUGACAGUCCGGAGACGUUGCUGCUCCGCCAUCAUCGAAAUGCCUCGCUUCGCCAUCUCCUCAGAGGAAGAGGGAGGUCAAGUUGCAAGCCGCAAGAGUCCCAGCCUGUUGGGUCUGAGUUCUUUGAGGGGCCCCCGGAGCGAGGAGCUGCCCCUUGCCAUCCCAGAGCUCCCUGUGGAGCGAGAGCUGAAGCUGGACGAGUCUCCCACCACGCCGAGCUCCGCUUCCAGUCAGCUCAGCAAGGCCACGCUCACACCGGGGAGUUCAGGCGACACGUGUGAUCGUGGUCACAGAGGUACCAUCAGUAACGGCGGAGCGGCUAAAGCUGCUGCAGACAGCGACUCUCCAUCCACUCCCAGAGCCAUCAGCGACCUGGCGGCACGCAGGGCUCGUCACCGGCUGCUGUCUGGGGACGCGGACAAACACACGCCGACGUCCAGCUCCAGACCGCUCAACAAGGUCAUCAAGUCAGCUUCAGCCACCACGCUGUCACUGAUGAUCCCUGCAGACCACCACGGAGCGUCUCCAUUGGCCAGCCCAAUGUCGCCCCACUCGCUCUCAUCCAACCCCUCGUCGCGUGAUUCCUCCCCAAGCCGGGACCUGUCCCCGGCCGUGACCAACGCCAAGCCCGCCAUCAUUAUCCACAGAGCGGGCAAGAAGUACGGCUUCACCCUGAGGGCCAUCCGGGUCUACAUGGGGGACUCCGACAUCUACACUGUGCACCACAUGGUCUGGCAUGUGGAGGAGGGGGGUCCGGCCCACGAUGCGGGGCUGAGGGAGGGAGAUCUCAUCACCCAGGUCAACGGAGAGGCGGUUCACGGUCUGGUUCACACAGAGGUGGUGGAGCUCAUACUGAAGAGCGGUCCUAAAGUGUCUAUUGCCGCCACCCCGUUUGAGAACACAUCCAUAAAGGUCGGCCCUGCUCGAAAGACGGGUCAAAAGUCCAAGAUGGCGAGACGCAACAAGAAGACCAAGACUAAGGAGGGACAGGACAGUAGCAGUAAGAAGAGGACGUCUCUGUUCAGGAAGAUCACCAAGCAGGCGUCUUUGCUCCACACCAGCCGCAGUCUGUCCUCUCUGAACCGCUCUCUGUCCUCGGGGGAGAGCGGCCCCGGCUCGCCCACACACAACCUGUCCCCACGGAGCCCCACACAGGGCUACAGGUCGACUCCAGACUCCGCCCACUCAGUUGGUGGGAACUCCUCCCAGAGCAGCUCCCCCAGCUCCAGCGUCCCAAACUCCCCGGCGAGCUCCGGCCACAUCAGGCCCAGCUCGCUGCAUGGCCUCGCUCCCAAGCUCCAGCGGCAGUACCGCUCCCCCCGGCGCAAGUCCGCCGGCAACAUCCCCCUCUCCCCUCUGGCCCGCACGCCUUCACCCACCCCUCAGAGCAGCUCGCCCCAGCGCUCCCCCUCCCCUCUGCCCAGCCACGCUCUGGCACAGUCUGCGGUGGGUCAGUCGUUCCCUGUGAAGCUCCACUCCUCCCCUCCCCUGGUGAGGCAGAUAUCCAGGCCUAAGAGCGCCGAGCCUCCACGCUCUCCGCUCCUCAAGAGGGUGCAGUCAGCUGAGAAGCUCGCCUCCUCCCUCGCUAACUCCCCCUCAUCUCCCUCUGGCGUGACUGCGGUGGGAGCGUCUGUAGGGAGCCGGAAACACAGUCUGGACAUCUCACACUCCGACUUUAAGAAAGAGAUCCUGCAGAGAGAACCCAGCCUGACGAGCCUACAGGAGUCAGCCAGCGAGGGUCUGCUGUCCUCUGCUGGACGCGGCGUGGAGAAGGGCAGCCUGCAGAAACACUCCUCCUCAUCCAGGAAAUUAGGGCGCCAGGAAGGGGACAGCUCCCUCAGCUCGGUGUCCGGCUCGCUGGGCCUGGCUCCCGGAAAGAGCAAGCUGAAGGACAAACUGUCCGCCAUCCGGCAGGACAGAGCCGAGAGGAGAGAAUCACUACAGAAGCAAGACGCCAUCCACGAGGUCGACUCAUCAGAGGACGAGACAGACGAAGGGUCGGAGGACAGCCAGGACGGACGCAGGGGAACCACCUUUACCCCUCCUCCCCUGCUGAGGCCCACCACUGUCAGGACCGGGCCUGGAGGCACCCUGCCAUCCCUCUGCCUCUCACCCUGCACCCCUCAUGCCACAUUCUCCCACUCAGGGCCCUCACAGGUAGGCAGGCCCACCCCCUUGCACACACUACCCUCCGUUUCAGAGACGAGGCCCGGACAGUUCACUUCCCCUCUGGGAGUAAAAGACACAAGGUCUGUCUCAUCUGCAGAAGACAGCGCGAGACAAGAGAGGAAGGUUUUGGAGCCAAGCACAAAACCCAUUCAGGGCCCCCUUCCCUUCUCCACCCCAGGCAGUGCAUUCAUCUCAGUCAACAAGGACACUUUCCUCAAGCCCUCUCCUCCUCCAGACUUAAAGAGUCCCAGGGGGAAGGCUCCACUAUCAGAUCCCAAAUCAGAGGAGAAAACCCUGGCCAGCACGAGGGCCACAGUCCCCUUUACCACAACUGUUACAAAUACUACCACCUACCGAAGCACCACAAACCCCCCAGACUCCAGGCCCACCACCAUCAGUACAACAGACUGUUUCACCGCCGACAGCCAAGAGUCACCCCGCCCCUCCUGCUCCUCUCCUGGUAUCCCCAAAGAAAAGAAGGAGGCUGACAACCGGAGACUUUGUGCUGUGGCUGCUGCAAGUCUGAGUGUGUCGCCCUCGUCCACUUCCGGCUCCGGCUCCAGCUCCAGCGCCAACUCCCCAGUCCCGCCCCCUGAGAGUACCGUGGACAAAGUUGUGUCCCAGCUGGCCACAGUAGCUAAGAGUGUUCUAGGUCCCGUCAAACUGAGCAGCACUGCUGACAAGAGCCAGAAAGACCAGAAACCAUCCAGAGGAGGAACCCCAGAAGUCCCACCAUCUGGUCCCCUCUCAUUUCCCUCCAAAGGGCUACCAACCCCUCAGUCUCCCCACCUUUCGGGGUCUCAAUCCAGACAAAAGACUGAGCAAGCUGCCCUCUUAACCACCUUGCAGACCAAACCUUUAACCCAGAAAGACUUCGGAGCCCUGCCGUCUUCAUCAUGCAAGGAAGUCCCAGAAAGACCCGCAUCAUGGUCUGAGGGUAGGGACACCGCUGCUGUGUGUCCGUCUGCACAACGCCUGGGAGCAGCAGCCGCUUUGCCCUUCCCAAUCACAGCAUCCUCUGCAGCACCUGAGCCACAGCAGAAGAGGUCCGAACCCCAGACGGCGACUGCCACCAAUGCCAUGUCCACCUCCUCGCAACAAGACAAAGCAAUCUGCAAGAAGACGUAGCGACAGGACCAACAAGCGCAGGUCCCACAGCUCAGUGCUGGUUGGAGGUUUUGGAACUCACACAAACUGCAUGUUUUGGAAGAAAAACAUAUAAGUAACUUCACACCAAUCUGAGAGGUUGUCUUUCUAAGUAAAACAAAGGCGUAGAGAGGGUUGGGGAGCGAUCAGAAGCAGAUGCGGCAGUCCUAGUUCCAUUCCAGUGCUCUCGGUGUUCAUGUGAGUUAUUUUGGUGUCCUGUUCUCUUUGGUUUCUGCUUUCAGACUGAACGCCAAUAGGAGUUGGCAGCGUUUUUUUUUUCGUGUUCUACAAACAUGUACGGGGCUAGAAAUAAAAAGCUCAGUGGUCCAUGCACAUACAAUUUAAAACGUUGACACAUCACACACCCCUUCCUCGCUCUCGAUCUCCUUGUGCUGCCUCAUUACUCUUCACCUUGAUGUUUGGCAGAGUCUUCACGCAUGUUCUACAUACAGAUCAGGACGUACCUUACUGAACACACACUUGUUCCCCUCUUCCCUUCCCUCCUUGCCUGACAAUGUCUACCCAGGUACGACUUGAAAAAGAUUGUAUCUCAGCAAUAAAGUGCAGCGUAUGUUUAGCAAUCUGUGUAAAUGCAUUACAUUGUUUUUAAUAGGACUUAAUUUGCACCGUCAAUGAACACUCAGCAUCCAGAUAGCAAGGCCAAAUCAAAUUCCGGCACUGCAGGCCUGUGGCAGGGAGAUAUAUUCCCUUAGCACGGACUCUAGGCGUGGUUCAACAAUAGGAUUGGAUUCUUGGGAAUGUCAGGGCUAGAUAUACUAGUGUCUGUGCUAAAUUACCAAGUGUGCACUAAGGCACAUGAUUUAGAUUGAAAAUAAAGCAUAUUCCUAAACUGCACCACUUUCCUCACUCAUCACCCAGCUUUAUGUUUAAUGUCCGGAUUGAUCUAAAUUUUCCUAGAUUUUUGAAUUAUUUUUCAAGGUCUAGACACUUAUCCCUUAGAGCUAGCACAGAUUACAUUCCCUCCAAAUUGAAAGCCACCACUGCCUAGAAAUUAUAAACACUUUUCCUUUAGUUAAACAUGUGACUGCUAUCUAAAAUUCUAUAGCAUUGUGACUUAAAUAUUAGAUAUGGUUUUAUGUUGGAAAAUACCCAGACAUUCUGAGCUCUGACACUGAAGAAACGCUCUUUAUGGUUUACUCCUAGCUAGCUAGAGUAGCUCUUUUAUAUUAGCAAACAGCAUCGCUAGCCAAGGUUUUCAUGUGCUGCUAAUGCCUGAUAAAAAAGCAUGCUAGCUCUAGCUAAGAGUUUUUCACCUGCUGAAAGUUAAGCGCUUUGAUAAACUCUUAGAAAACCCUUAUAUUUGACAAGCUCAUUUUUGGAAUAAAUAUCCUUUUAAAACCAAAGCCUAGCAUAUUAGCAUUAGCACACUUACACAUUUGCUCUCGCUUUAGCUCUUUUAUAUAUACCACGUUAGCAGGCUAAUCACAUGUGUUUUAACUCAGAUUUAGAUGCUUUUUACAAGUGUUUUAGUUCCAAACACACACAUAGAAAUCAAGCCAAGGAUUUGAACACUGAUUGGUUUCAUCGACACUCAGCUAAAGAAUCCACACUGAGCUAGCUUAGAUUGACUGGUUAUUUUAGAAAUCAUUUUUCUGUUGGACCACCGCCUUUUUAUUUCUCGCCCCAUCAGCCUCUGAAGGCUGCGGUAGUUUUAUUUGGUAUCUGGACCAACUUGCUGUGUUUGUUGCCUAUAAUCCUGUAAGGUCUUCAGACUUUACUUUGUAUAUGUGUGUGAGAGGGAGAGAGCGUUUGUUAAUUUGUGCAUGGUAAUCUGUGUGUGUAUGUUUAUAUAUACAGAUACACAUGUGUAUAAGAAUAUUUAAAGUUCUGUUUGCAUCUGUUUUAUACCCUGUGUGUGUUUGCGUGCGUGUGUUUUAGGGUCACACCCUGCUACCUGUGUAUGUGGCCUCUAGGUGUCGGGCGUCAGGCUUUGCACACAGACACAGAAUCACUAAAAGGAAAGCCGGUGGAGAUUUUUGUCCGCUCACUGUUGUGUGUUGGGUUGGAGCUCAGUAAUCGCUAGAAUUAAAAUGCAGUAAGCCUGUUAAAAACAAUAUCUCAUGUUCGUUAUUUCUCGGAUAUAUUAUCUUUCAUUUACUCCGUUGUGAUCCUGAUCCUGGUUCCUACUGUACAUUUGAAGGCGAGAUGUUUUGUUUCUUUUGGUUUAUUUGACAGUUUUCAAGGAUUCCCGUUUCAUUGAAUGCACACCGAGCCCAACCCCUGUUGUGAGUUCACUGUGUUGUACAUUUGAACGUUUUCUGAAAAGCAGGAUGUUCCUGUGCGUUAAAGAUGAACUGAACCUCCCUCAGUGUUUUGUGCCACUGUCGGGAGAGAAAGCCGAGCUCACCGAUUUCAGUUUAACUCAAGCUUUCAGGCUCGGUUGAACGGACACUGUUAGAGUGAUAUCAACACUGACUGUGGCAAUCUCUGUAAUAUGUUUACAUGUUUUUGUAUCUUUAUGUGUUUUUUGUUUUUUUUUGUCAAUGGAACUUUUUGCCUGUAGCAAUCAAUCUCCUCUGACAGGCUAGGAUAAUUACCAAUGUUUAGGCAACUCCUGCCCUGUGAAUAUGUGGAGUGAAUAUUCAGCUGUGCGAUGAAGAGGUCACCUGUGAUGGAGAGCGUGUAGACAGGAGGAGGAUUCAUCUCACACAUGUCAAAGUCAUCUCCACUCUUAUUCAUGUAGCACCUCUUGUCUCAUGACGGCGCAGGAUGGAGCUAACAGGUGCGUCUGUAGAAGUGAUCAGCGUUUAGGCUCAAGGGAGAGGAAGCAAAUUGUUUGACUUGGUUACAGCUCAAGAUGUAUCUGCUGUACGCUCUGGCCAAUCAGACUAGAAGUUGAGACUCAUCAUUUAAAAAAACUGCUUCUGUCUGUUUGGGGCAUCAGUUCUGUUGAUUAAUCGGAUGUUAUUCGCACACAACACAUGCUUCUUGCCUCUUAGCGCAGUUCCACCAGGGAAAUGAGAAGACUGAUUUAGAGACAAAAGAGGAGGAAGUGAGAUACAUUUCAAAAAUGAGUAUGAAUCAGGCUGCAGGUCAUAUUUGAGAGCGAGCGCGGACAGAUUAUUGAGCACUGACUGAAGUUUUAGAGCAUUUAAAGACACAAACGCAAGUCUUUCUGUAGAUUUGUAGAUUUUUCUGUAGAAUAACAAGUCUGGCUGUAAUCAACUGGCCGUUUUUGAGUAUGUACCUGGUUCGAGCUUGUUAAAAAUCCCCGAUCUGGGGCUAAAGAGUAUUGUAUUGCUUCCUGUUUGAUUAUAUUUAAUCAAACAGGAAGCAAAAUGAAGCAAAAGUUUUGAAAGCAAUUUAAGUGUUAUUGCCCAAGAUUGUCACCUUAGUGGGUCUACAAGGUAAUUCGGAAUAUGAUACUCUAAGACUGAUGGCACCCACAUUCAGGGUUUUAUACUUGAAUCUGGAACUAAAACUAGAGCUGCAAUGUUAUCAGCAGGAUUUGAUAUACGGGGCUGUUACAAGUAAAGUCUAUACAGAAAUGCCAAAGAUAUGAUUAAGGUCCUUUAGAAACUGUGUCUUUACUACAUAGUUUAGUUCAGUGACCCUUACCAAAAAGAAACAAAUAUUCAUCAACACAUUUCAAUCAGAUGCAAAAUCGGGGCCUCGGUAAAACCACAGUAAAUCAGCUUCAUGAUUUGUCCCUGUGUGCUCUCGAAUCCUGACCAAUUAAAACAGCUGGAUUGAUUCAUCCUGAAAUUCGAUUCUUCCUCAAUAAUUUUGUCCCUAAAACUCCUUCAGUAGGAGUUUUUGUCGGUGCUUUAAUCUCCACAGGCUGUCAGAAGUUGUGUUUUGCAUUCUGAUGAAGCACCUCUUCAGCUGCAGUUGAGAUUCUCUUGAUAUAAUUGGAACCUGUGUGUGUUUGUGUGUAAUCACACACACUCCAGUCCAUCUGGUGCAGCCCGUCGUCCUAUUAGUGCUACACAGACAGCUGCCUCACACACACACAGAUCAAUACUUGUGCCAUCUAAUGUAGCGGUGCCAGUUUUCCAUCUCCUCUAACAGUAUAAACACACACACAUACAUAUACUUACCCCCCACACACACACCUUCUCCCAAGUGUAAAGAUGAUGGUCCGGCCAUCUGCCGGUCCGGUCAGUUCAGCAGUUACACUGGUAGCAGUUUGUUCGACCUCCAGCCAGUGUGUACCCAUCAUGCCCCUCCGCUUCCUAUGCGGCUGAGGCCCACAAACCAGACACUGAGCUUCAGAAGUUCAUUUAACAGCCUGGGAGUCAAAUUGAAACUGUAAUCAGGGAUUGAGAGCAUGCGCCUGGAGGUGUGUACCAAUUUUACUUUGAGAAAUAACCAACAUUUACACAUAUCUCUUGCGGUAUUGACACCAAUUAACCUCUAUACAUAUUUGUGAAUCCUGUCAAAAGGCACAUAGAGGAUCCCAACAUGAGGCUUUGGGUAUGACAAGGUACGAGGUGAAGCCACACACACACACACACAUAUACAUAUUUUCAGAACCACGAGAGAUGCAGUGAUGUUUUAAUGUGCAGUCUGUCGAGCUCGUAUCUGAGUCUGUGAAAAACGUUGACAGACCUGACUCUUGCGUAUGAGGGCAGUAUUUCCAAGCCGUGUGUUUUCAUGUUUUGUCUUUAAAGAGAAAUGAAGAGGAGAAGGAGGAUUCAUAUGUGCCCCGUUAAAGCUUGAGAUGGACGUUAAGAGAGAGAAAAAAACAUUAAAAAAACCAGUAAAACCAGUGCAAUAUCUUUUUAUUUUUUAUUGUGGUAAAAGCAUGUUGUCAAUCUUACCUUACAACAAUAAUAAAGGUUUUUUUUAUGGA